UUGGGACAAAAAUAAGAAAAUUCGAUUAAUCAUUUUUGAAUAAUUAACUAUUUUGAAACCGAGAGUAAUUAUUACUUUGACAAUGAGAACAUGCUAAUGCAUUAAAUUAGCAUGUUGUUAGGAGUUUCGACAUAGAAGUGGUAAAUCCUUCCACAACCUACGAACUACUCAGUUUCGGCGUACCUAAGAUACUUUACAUCUCAUGGUAAUAUGCAAGAUACACAGAAAGCACGUGUUUAUAUAUUUCUGGUAAAAUUCCUACCAUUACCUUCAAAAGAAGAAGAAAGAAAAUAUGUGUCUCCAUACAACUCUUCAACUCUAUGGCCGGUGAUCAGCCGCCGGUCAUAGGUCAAUUACAUCUAAUUCAACCCCCUCAGAAGCCUUCAUUUGCACAAAUCCUAGCAUCUAAUUCAAAUCCAAAGUCUAUUCAUGGCCAAGCAUCAAAAAAAUCAAACCUCAACCGUAAUUCAUUCUGAGCCAACUUUCUUCAAUGGAGAGCCGACUUUUUUUCUUACAAAAGAAGAAGAUGAACAAUUGGCAGCCCCCUUUCAACUCCCUUGUAGGAAAAUUAACCAAAAGUAGGCCAAAAAUGGACUAUUUGGGGUGAGAGUUCCAAACUAUCAGGUUCAGGGGAAGUUUCUCAAUAGGGAUGAUAGAUCACCGACAAUUUCUCAUCUGUUUCAAUCUAGAGGAGGAUUAUCAUCGUUGCUAGUUAAAGGGUUUAUGGACCUUUGACAAGCAUCGGAUGCGAGUUCUCAAAUGGACCACCGACUUCAAUCCUCCACAUGAACGCUCAAUAGUUGAUAUUUGGAAUUUCUUUUGAAGGUCUUCCAAUCCAUCGCUUUAAUAAAGAAUAUUUCUGGAUGCUUGCGAGUAUCAUCAGAACGCCUCUCCAAAUUAACGUCCCAACUCUUAAUAUGUCACGGCCUUCGGUGGCACGAGUCUGCGUUGAGAUUGAUCUCCUCAAAGAUCCGAAUCCGAUUGGGAGUAGAGGGGAAAUCGUAUUUUCAAUCAGUGUUCUACGAGAAUAUGCCUCUAUAUUGUGUCGAUCGCAAAAAGAUUGGUCAUGACAUCAAUUCAUAUCAACACAAUACAACCGCAUCCCAAUCACAAAAGAUAGAACUUCUCACAUCAAAGCGUCAGCCAAAAGAACAAUUGCAAGAAAAGCAAGGAGAAACGCUGACCACAGAAUCGCCGCCAUAUACGGCCCCCUCAAAUUUGGUACAGAGUCAACUGCUGCACAUGGUCGUUGUUAGCAACGACCCUCAACCCUCAAAAACUGGCCAGCAACCUGCUGCUGCGGACGCGUUGUCAAGGCUGCAUGAAAAGGAUGUCGCGAUUCCGGAGAAAGCCCUAGUCGCACCCCCCUGCAGAAUUCAUGGUACACCAGAAAUAAUUCUGAAACCUGUGCAAGGCGUUGAGGGUCGACCUCAGGCUUGACGAUGAUGGAGAAAUUUGGUGUCCCUACUGAUGUUAUAGAUAGCCCGGUCCUCCAUGAGAUCUCUGAACAGAAGGAGAAAGAAGGAAUUUCUCGGAGUCCCAUUGAACCUUCUGUUGCAAUUGACAAUCCUACGCAAGAGCAAACUGUUGCUGCUACGAAGAACCAAGAAUCAAAUUUGUCGAUGAGGACAUGCGAGCAUCCCCUGCUGCCGCUGUUGCAGUGGAGACAAUUCCGAUUGCUUCCACCGCCGGCGGAGAACCAGCAUCAUCAUCGCCACCAGUGGAGCAAAUCCGGCGCGACUCAACCCCUACGAUUUCACAAAUUUCGUUGGUUCAGUGAAGUCCCAUAACUCCAUCCCCUAUUGCGCAGUCAACACCAAAUCAACUGGAUACUUUAAAUUAUAAAGAAGAUAAGGCGGUCCCACUCUCCCAAUAUUUCUCCACCAGUUAAUGAAAAUAUUCCUUCCGAAAAUAGCUCUCCAAAAGCAACUCAAAAAAAUUAAAUCCUGCAGCCGAGGAAUUUUCUUAUUCCACUAGCCCACAAAACCCUCUCCUACAAGUUAUUCUACCAAUUUCAGGCCCAAUCACUGAGUUAAAUUGCAAUCAGUACUUAUCCAAAGAUGAUAAAAGCAUAUUGAGUCUUCCGAAACAAGUUUUUCAAUUCAUCAAAUUAAUUCCGAUGGUGAACAAAAUCAUAUCUACAAGGAUUUUGACGAUGAAGAUUUUGAUACAGAAUGGGAAUUGGAACAAGAGUCCUUUACAGUGAAGUUUCUGCUCCAACAUAUCACAAUCGAUCGAAAAA